AUGCCAGCCUUGAAAUUAUUUGGACGCAAGUGGUUAGCGGCUACUGACGAUCUUGUAUAUCCCGGGCUAUUCGAAAUUUUCAUUCGAAUUAUUUGGUUAAUCCUAAUGACAAUUGCGUGCAUAAAAUACUACGACGAGACUUGGAAAUGCCGUACCGGUGGAGAAUUAGUGCGUGUAUUCCUAGCUGGGGAACUAACGCUCCUGAGCAUUAUCGCCACGCUGUUAUUCGUCGUAGUAACCCACAGUUCGAGAGGGGCUAUCACAGACACGUACUCCCGUCGACUGGUCGAACCGCUCCUGACCGUCAAGGUACUCUUACUAUUCCCCGAAGUAGUGUGGAACGUUCUGGGAACAUUUUGGAUAUUCACUCGACACGUUGAAUGUUCCGAUGACAACUAUACGAUACCCGUCGUAGAAGGGCUGGUUCUGUUCCACUGGGUACUACUUGGCUUAACGAUGCUAGGAAUGGCUCUUGUGUUCGAUCCUCUAGGAUCUUUAGGCCUCAGAGAUAAAACUUUACAAGAUUUUGAGGAACAUCGCAAAGUAUCCAGCACGUGGAUACGGAGGUUCAAAUUUUUAUGGUGGAUGCAGCGAGACGAAAGUGCCGACGAAACGUUUCAACAUGUUGCUGGAUUACUGAGCGCACUGUUUCGAGGCACAGAUCUAGUUCCAUCCGACGUUAUGGCGGGCUGUAUUCUGAUGAGAGUAAGACAAAAGCGGGAGACUCUUGAAUUGAGGCGGUUUCACAUGUUAAAUCGCCCAGUAUAUACUUCCGAUGCACGGGAAAUUUUUCGUCUUGCACCGAGCUGGAUGUCGCUAGAAUGGGCUCAGCAUUACAUGCAGUUAUCCGUAGCUUCUUACGCUUGGAUAUUUGUCAUGUAUCAGCAUAUCUGUACGGGCUGCUUCCGACUUGCCAAAUACAUGACUUGUUGCGCGUGUUUCAGGCGGAAGCACAACGCGGUGAUAGAUGACAAUUGCUGUUUGUGCAAUCUUGCAGGUGUAAAAUACUUGUCUCGACUAUCAGAGGACGAUAUCUUAUACGCAUCGUUUCGGAACCAUCUUUGCGAGAUACCUUUCUGCGUGGUUGCCGACCAUAAAACUGCAAGUAUCGUUAUCGUGAUUCGGGGAUCGCUGUCUUUGCGUGAUCUGUUUACAGAUAUUGCAGCAGCUUCCGAUGUAUUUGAAGCGGAUGGCCUACCACCGGGUAGUAUGGCUCACAGAGGGAUGAUUAUUGGUGCCAAGGUGCUAUUGAAACAGCUCGAUCAAUCCAAGAUUCUCACAAAAGCCUUUACCAUGUACCCGCACUACAACCUCACGCUCACAGGUCACAGUCUGGGUGCUGGAUUAUCCGUCCUCCUGGCCCUGCUGAUUCGACCGCAUUAUCCGAAUCUGCGAGUCUACGCGUUCUCAACACCAGCUGGAUUACUUAGUCGAGAAGCUGCCAGGAUCACCGAAGAAUUUGUUUUCACAAUAGGUCUUGGCGAUGACCUCGUUAUGAGACUCGGUGUAGACAGCAUUGAAAAUUUCAGGACUUCUCUACUUAUUACCCUUCAGGCUUGCCGUUUACCCAAGUACAGAGUGGUCCUCAAUGGUCUCGGUUAUACUUUGUUCGGUAUACCUGAGAGGGACCUCGAAAAGUUGUGGCAAAACGGUAACACAAUUGGAUCUAUGCAAGGGCAACUUCCGCUCCUUUCCGAUCCACCCACAAGACAGAUGGAUGCAACGUUAUUGGAACGCAAUGUGGCUAUGCGAAGGUACUCGAGCGUUCGAUUAUACACAGCUGGGCGUAUACUUCAUAUUUCAAGGUUCAAAUCAGCACUCAAGCAAAAAGACAGUGAUGAAAACGGAAGUGACAAAUGUCGGUACGAAAUGCGUUGGGCCCAAGCUGAAGACUUCAUGGAGUUAUCGGUGAUGCCAAGGAUGUUAUUGGACCACCUGCCUGAAAACUUGGAGCAUGCUCUGACUGUGUUACUUGGUCAGCAGGACGAGGCACCCGAGGACAUUAGUAUAGUGUAGUUCAAUGGCGUUCAACCGCCAAAGUUCAGUAUCACGAUAAAGACUAACUGAAAAUUGACCAAGAAAAUCAGUAUUUGUAUAUUUAUACACAUUACACGCAGAAUUAAAAGAUGUUCGAAUCAA